AUGAUUAAAACUGUAAUGGCAGGUGCUGUUGCUAUGGCUCUGGUUUCUUUUGGUGCGAAUGCGGAUCCUGCAGCAGUAACACUACCUGUAAACCAGGGGCAGGGUGUUGUUAAUUUCAAAGGUACUGUGAUUAAUUCACCGUGCAGCAUUGCUCAGGAAUCAGCAGAUCAGACUAUUAAUUUCGGUCAGAUUUCUAAAAAUCAGCUGGAAAAAGGGGGAACCUCAGUCCGGAAGGAUCUUGAUAUUAAGCUGAUGAAUUGUGAUGUUGCGGUAGGGAAAAAUGUCAGCGUUACUUUCACUGGUACAACAGUAAAAGGCGGUACUCCGCAGGAGCUUGGUACUACUGGUGAUACUGGUACAGCUAUUGCGCUGGCCAGUGCAGAUGGUUCUCUGGUUACUUUUGAUGGAACCACGCCAGGUGGCGCGACUCAACUGAAAAAUGGUGACAACAUCCUGAAAUAUUCUGCCUGGGUUAAAAAAUCCAGUGCAGCUGGUGCGACUAUUAAAGAAGGUGACUUCUCUGCUGUUGCUAACUUUAACCUGACUUAUCAGUAA